AUGGAAUUUUGUGAGGCUGGCAGUAUGGACUCUAUCUACCGGCGAGUCAAGUCACGCGGUGGCCGCGUUGGAGAGAAAGUCCUGGCCAAAUUAGCCGAGUCUAUCCUCAAGGGACUCGAAUACCUGCAUCAGCGGCGAAUCAUUCAUCGGGAUGUAAAGCCGAGUAACAUUCUUGUCACGCGCAAUGGUCAGAUGAAGCUGUGUGAUUUUGGUGUGUCGGGUGAGCUUAUCAACAGUGUGGCUGGUACAUUCACAGGCACAUCGACGUAUAUGGCGCCAGAGCGCAUUAUGGGUCGUCCCUAUACCAUUACGUCGGAUGUAUGGUCUCUGGGUGUGACGAUUCUAGAACUUGCUUUGAACCGAUAUCCCUUUGCCGAAGAAGGUGAGGCGCCAAUGGGACCUAUCGAUUUGCUUUUUUUCUUGUUGAACUCGCCUUUGCCCACUUUGGAAGACACAGAGCAAAUUCGAUGGAGUCGUUCCUUGCGUGAUUUUGUUGAUCGAUGCCUGGAACGAGAUGGUGCUAUACGAGUGGCACCGUUGACCUUGCUUGCGCAUCCGCUAAUCCGUCGAGCUGAGCACAUCUCUAAUACAGACAUGGCUCGCUUCGUUGCGAGUGUUUGGAGGUGGGACUAUAAUUGA